CCUUGUUGCCUCGCCGGGCGCGCCCACGGCCUGCGUCUGCACCCGGAAGAGCCGCCGAGGCCGGGUGUCCCAGGGAAGCGCAGGCCGCGCAGAGCCCUGGCGAAGGCAGGCACGACGGACUCGGCGCGUCCCCGCGCACAGCGGCCCCUCGAGCGGCCGCGCGCACACCCCACCCCACUUGCUCCUCGGCGGUAGGGAGUCCCCGGCGCCCGGCUGGAGCUCCCGCACUCUGGGGAGCAGCGCGUCCCCGGCGACUAGACAGUGCGUGUCAGCCAUAACCUCCAUUCAAGAUGAAUAGUGAUCAAGUCACACUGGUGGGUCAGGUGUUCGAGUCCUAUGUUUCAGAAUAUCAUAAGAAUGAUAUUCUUCUAAUCUUGAAGGAAAGAGAUGAAGAUGCUCACUACCCAGUUGUGGUUAAUGCCAUGACCCUUUUUGAGACCAACAUGGAAAUUGGAGAAUAUUUCACCGUGUUCCCCAAUGAGGUGCUAACUGUUUUUGACAAUGCACUUCGAAGGUCAGCUUUGGCAAUUCUGCAGUCCCUUUCUCAGCCUGAGGGUUUUUCUAUGAAGCAGAAUCUUCAUGCCAGAAUAUCAGGUUUGCCUGUCUGUCCUGAACUGGUAAGGGAACACAUCCCCAAAACCAAGGAUGUGGGACAUUUCUUAUCUGUCACCGGGACAGUGAUUCGAACAAGUCUGGUGAAGGUCCUGGAGUUCAAGCGGGAUUACAUGUGUAACAAGUGCAAACAUGUGUUUGCGGUGAAGGCUGACUUUGAACAGUAUUAUACCUUCUGCCGACCCUCUUCAUGUCCAAGCUUGGAGAGCUGUGAUUCUUCAAAAUUCACUUGCCUCUCAGACUUGUCUUCAUCCCCAGCCAGGUGUCGGGAUUACCAGGAAAUCAAAAUUCAGGAGCAGGUUCAAAGGCUGUCUGUUGGAAGUAUUCCACGAUCUAUGAAGGUUAUCCUAGAAGAUGACUUAGUAGACAGUUGCAAAUCUGGAGAUGACCUCACUAUCUAUGGGGUUGUGAUGCAGCGGUGGAAGCCCUUUCAGCGAGAUGUGCGCUGUGAAGUGGAGAUAGUCUUGAAAGCCAACUAUGUCCAAGUGAAUAAUGAGCAGUCCUCAGGGAUGGUCAUGGAUGAGGAAGUCCGAAAAGAAUUUGAAGACUUUUGGGAAUACUAUAAGUGUGAUCCUUUUGCAGGAAGGAAUGAAAUACUGGCCAGCUUGUGUCCUCAAGUGUUUGGGAUGUAUCUAGUAAAGCUUGCUGUGGCCAUGGUACUGGCUGGUGGAAUUCAAAGGACUGAUGCUACAGGAACAAGGGUCAGAGGUGAAUCUCAUCUUUUAUUGGUUGGGGACCCUGGCACAGGGAAAUCUCAAUUUCUUAAAUAUGCAGCAAAGAUCACACCAAGAUCUGUAUUGACCACAGGAAUUGGAUCUACUAGUGCAGGUCUGACGGUAACUGCUGUAAAAGACUCUGGAGAAUGGAAUUUAGAGGCUGGGGCCUUAGUACUUGCAGAUGCCGGUCUUUGCUGUAUUGAUGAGUUUAAUAGCCUCAAGGAGCAUGAUAGGACCAGUAUCCAUGAAGCAAUGGAACAACAAACUAUAAGUGUUGCUAAAGCUGGCCUCGUGUGUAAACUGAACACAAGGACCACCAUUUUGGCAGCAACUAACCCCAAAGGCCAGUACGACCCCCAUGAAUCCAUAUGUGUAAACAUUGCCCUAGGCAGCCCACUCUUAAGUCGAUUUGACCUCAUCCUGGUUUUGUUGGACACCAAGAAUGAAGACUGGGAUCGUAUAAUUUCCUCCUUUAUCUUAGAAAAUAAAGGUUAUCCAAGCAAAUCAGAGAAGCUGUGGAGCAUGGAGAAGAUGAAAACCUACUUCUGUCUCAUUAGGAAUCUCCAUCCUACACUCUCUGAUGCGGGUAAUAAAGUACUCCUCCGAUACUAUCAGAUGCAAAGGCAGAGCGAUUCCCGGAAUGCUGCCCGGACAACCAUCCGCCUGUUGGAAAGCUUGAUCCGAUUAGCAGAAGCUCACGCUCGCCUGAUGUUUCGUGAUACUGUGACUCUGGAAGAUGCUAUUACAGUGGUGUCAGUGAUGGAAUCCUCAAUGCAGGGAGGUGCACUGCUUGGAGGCGUGAAUGCUCUCCAUACUUCCUUUCCUGAAAACCCUCAGGCACAGUACCAGAGGCAGUGCGAACUGAUUCUGGAAAAGCUGGAACUCCAGAGCCUCUUGAGUGAAGAGCUGGAAAGACUUGAAAGGUUACAAAAUGGCAGUGAGCACCAGCCCCAAACACAGGUGAUGGAGGAAGAGGCUGCUCCAGGGUCCUCGGGAAAUGAUCUGAGGAACAAGCCAAGACUCCGGACUUCAGCACACCCGGGACAGAACUGUAAGGAGCACACCUUCUCCGCUGGUGGCAAUCCUAAGGAAAGCCCUGAUGUAGACUUUCCACCUCACUUUGGGCCUAAUGGACCAACAAGUAGGAGCCAUUCGACUGAGUUCAAAGGUGGCAGAGAUGACAAUUUAGACUGGUUUGACUUCCUCGCAAUGCCUGAGAGUGAACCAGAGAGUAAUGUGUCUCCUGGUUUGAAAAUAACUGAGGAAAAUGUAGCUUUGAAAAUCUCCAACAAUAAAUCUCAGGGCAAAGAGAAAAGUGGGCCAGGUCAGAAGAACAGCUUAGAAGCUGGGCAUCGUCCAUCAUCAGGAGCAGCAGAUGCUCCAUCAGGGUCAUGCAUUGUUGAGGAUAAAAAGGCAAGAAAGGCAGCAGUUGUAUCUGAAGUAGCAGGAUCCACUGAUGAACCAGACUCAGAACUAACUCAUGUCCCCUGCAGACUCCGUAAGCUGCAUAAGCAGGGGGUCCAGGGUUUGUGCAGAAGUAACACCAGGGCAUCAUCACCACCCACAGUCUCUUCUCCCCUGUCCAUUCCUUUACCUGUUUCAGAAAGAACAUUGGAAGCACCCAAAAGAAAGAGACAGAAAUCUCCUGGUCAAAUGAGAGAGCCUGGACUUGAAAGUGUUGAGACUCUAGAUACCCCGGUGUUCAAACUCGCCAAGUUUACUUUCAAACAGAAGUCAAAACUGAUCCACUCCCUUGAAGAUCAUAGCCAUGUGCCCCCCAGUACUACUAAAAUAGCAGUCCACAGUUCUAAAAUUCCUGAACAAAAAUCAAGAAGAGAAUCAGUUGUGCCUGUGGAGGGUCCAGAAAAGUUGACAUCUACCUCAGGAAACAGAUGCUUCAACCAGGAACAGGGAAAGACAAAGGAGCAGUCUAGGCAGCCACCAGAGAAAAAUCAACCAGGAGAGGAGAGGGAACCAGGAGAGGGCCCGGAAAAGAGGGUUAUUCAGCCUGAAUUGGAGCCUGGGAAGGAGACUGGGCGUUCUCAACUCACUUGUGCGAGAGACAAAAAGGAAGAGGUUUCCUGCAGUCAUAAAAGCAGCAGGGUUCAUGCUGGCACAUUAGCCAGAUUGGCAAACUUCUCCUUCACUUCCUCACCAGAAUCCAAAUCAGAAUCCCUUCCUCCUUCUGAAAGGAAGAACAGAGGGGAGAGAAACCCCAGCCCUCCUCCUCCAACCACAGCUCCAGUGCUUGGCAGGGAAAGGAAAUCUUUUCAGCUGCAACAGUCUGCUGAGAGAAUAGAUCCUUCCAAAAAUUCUCUCUUCACUUUAUCAGAACUAGAUGACGAAGCAUUAGAUUUUGACUGGGAUGAAGAGAUGAGAAGAAAGCCGUAACUAGGAAGAGCUUUCUGGUCAAAAUUUGUCUUCUACAACCCAACCCAGUAUCUUUAAAGUAUUGUGUAGUAUUUAUAAAUGUAUGCAUAAUCCAUAUUGAGUGCCAUUCUGAAGACCAGCUCCCCCAUUGGAUUUAUAAUUUCAGAUUUACCUUUGUGAUUUGAAAAGUUGCAUAAUUAAUUGCAGUCAGUGUGAUGCCAACACUUAAGAUGAAUGGAUUAAUGCUUCCCUUUGCAAACAGGACUACAGGUGUUUGUAAGUUUUCAACUAUUUUGUGUAUUUUUCUUUUUUUUGUGGGGGGGGGUGGAUUUUUUUAUUUUUGUUUUUUAGGUAACACUUAUAAACCCAGCAAGGCAGAUGAACUCUUUUCUGAUUUUUCCUCUACCCACCCUGGAUGUACUCAGUGUGCUGAAUAUUAUCAUUUAGAUUGGUUUGCCAAAAUCAUGUUUUUUUCUAAUAUUACUUUGUGUUUAUUCUCAUGUUUCAGGUUGCAAGUGAGUAAUGUUUUCCCCUCUUUAAGGGGGGGAUACACUUGCAGUUCUGUGGUAUAGUCAAGGUCUGGCAGCUGGUCACAUAGUAGCUCUCUGAACUAGUAACCUUUUAAACUUUUUUUUUUCUUGAGCAAAUAUUUCCUGCCUUUGAUUCUUUUUUCCUCUAGGGAACCUUCAGCACAACUUAAUCAUGUGGUCAGAAGAGAGAGAAAGAGCCAGAGCUUCAAGCAUAGAUCAUGUUACAUCCAUACCAGUGGUUAAUAUGUAAAUGUGAUUCCUCCUAAACUGAUUCAUUUGUCUUUAAAACCAAGCAAAGUGGACUUGGGAGUAGGGUGCUUGUCUAUCUUGCAUGUGACCCCAGGCUAAAUCCCUAGCACCAAAAAAAAAGUAAAUACAUAAAAUAAAAUAAAACCAAG